CUAAAGAAGAGGAGGUCUGCUGUAUGGAGAAAUAAGCUCUGGGGCUGAACAUUGUCGUAAAAGAAGAAGAGGAGAAUAUUACAGUGACAGGAGAGGAAGAAGCUUUCAGAACGAUAAAGGAGGAAGAGGAUGGUAUUACAUUGAAAGAAGAGGAGGAUGUUAAGGUGAAAGAAGAGAAAGAACAUUUUAGAGUGAAAGAGGAAGAGGGGAGAGAGCCUGUCAUAGUGGAAGAAGAGGAGGUAGAAGCUUUCAGAAUGAAAAAGGAGGAAGAGGAGGCUAUCACAUUUAAAGAUGAAGAGGUUAUAGUGAAAGAAGAGGAUGAACCUUUUAAAGAGGAAGAGGAGGCUAUCUCAAUAAAAGAGAAGGAGGAAGACGUUUUGGGAGUGAAAAAGGAGGAGGAAGGAGAGGAAGAGGAGACUGAAGAUCUGAUUAACACCAAAGAGAGACCAGACUCAGAGGAACCAGAGACAUCUGAACCAGCGAGACGACACCACUGUUCCCAGUGUGGGAAGAGUUUUACCCAUUUAGGGAACCUAAAAAUGCAUUAGAGACGACACACAGGAGAUAAGCCUUACCAAUGCUCCCAGUGUGGAAAGAGAUUUAUCGAGUCAACACAACUGAAAGUUCAUAAGAGAAUACACACA